AGGAAUUUCGAGCCGUGGCUGGUUGCUCUUCUCCUCCUCCUCCUCCUCCUCCCCCGUCGUCAUCAUCUCCUCCAGACUUUGUUCCGGCAAAUGUGAUAACGGAUGUGAAUCCUUUCAACUGUCUGCCUGAAACUUUGCCAGCUGAAAAUACGUGGUACUUCACGAACUCAAUGGAGAACAAGGGGGCAGAAGGUGGAUUCUGGAUACCUAGAGGAGAACCCCGUGAGAUAUUUGGUGAUGCUUUCAUCAAUGGUUGGGAAGAAACUCAUGAAUUCUACGAAGGACGAGGCCCGAAAGUUGAAAAAACUAAUUGGUCGAUGCUGGAGUACUAUAUGACUUCGAAGGUGUCAGGAGAAGCUCUUUCGGCAAAGGACGCGAAAUCGCUAUGCAAAGUCUUCCGCAGUAGCAGCUCGCCACUAUCUGACAGUAAAAUGCUGCAAAAUGCUGUGGGUACUGAGUUCUGUAGAGACAACUACCUUUACUCACUGCCUCCAGAUAAUUUCAACAUACCUACCGAGCAAUGUGUAACAAACCAGAUGCAGGUUAACACCACUUCCCGCAAUAUUAUGCGACGUGCAUCCAGUUUCUCUCCUAGCCAUCCCAUGGAAAGUCUGCCUGAGCUGGAUCAUAUUGAGUCUGGUGACUACUUAGAAUUGCUGGACCUUGACAUUCAACAAUCGCCAUCUUCCCGGUCAGAUAAUUCAAGCUGCAUGACCAUGUUGUCAGAUGAAAUCUUUGAUUAUCUGGUCGCAAUGCUGGACUCAGAAGCUGAAAGUGGAGAUCAUGUAGAGCAUAGGGAUGCUGGUUGCAACCUUAAUGUCUCUGAUUCUUCAAAACCAGAUGACCUUGUUGUCCAAGCAGUGAUUUCAGGAUUGCCUAUCGAAGAGAGAUCUUCACAGAAUGCCAGAGAUGGCAAACCAGUCAAUAGGGAUGGCAGUCCACCAUUGACUUUAGCUUCUCAGAGCCGCCAACUGUCGGACAGUAGACAGACACCAUCCGCUGAUGGAAGAAACAAGGCAGAUGGGAGGUUGAAAAAGCUCAAGAGGAAGUACCUUCCAACAUCGAGUUCUCAGAGUAGUGACGGGUCGAACAGCGGCCGAGCACCUUCUCCUGGUCCUGGCGGAAGGAGGAAGACUGAUGGAGCAUUGAAGAAGCUCCAGAAGAAGUACCUGUGCUUCAUGCCAUUCUAGUUCAUCUCUUCAGUACUCAGAGUCACAGAUGGGGCAUGCAGUCAAAAGGCAAAGUUUUGAUGAAGUAGGUCGGCAAUCCUACCACCUGCACUGAUGUUGUUCGGAUGCAUUCUGCUUCUUGUAGGGUGGAUUCUUUGUACAUACUAUAUGCUAUUUGAUGGAAUAUUCGUGAGUAAAUUGAGGUGGCAUCUGCCACCUGAGACUAUGUAGUAGAUUAUGGCAUUUGGGGGAAAUGGUUUUAUUUAUUCA